CUAAUUUAAUUGGUGUGGUGGGCCUGAUUUUCUGACAAAAAUACCAAGAUCUGAAAUUAGUUGUACCGGGUAUCUCGUCUAGUCGUUUGAGAUGGCAGAAGACGGGAAGUUCCGAAUUGAGAAGUUCGAUGGUACAGAUUUCAGUUGGUGGAAGAUGCAAAUUGAAGAUUUGCUGGUUCAGAAAGAUUUGGACGUGGUAUUGGGUGACAAGCCAGAAAAGAUGUCAGGUGCAGAUUGGGCAGGGUUGGAUCGGAAAGCUAUGUCCGUGAUCCGUCUCUCGUUGACCGAGAAUGUUGCGUUCAACAUUCUGAAGGAGAAGACAGCGAAAGGAAUUAUGGAAGCGUUGUCUAACAUGUACGAGAAGCCAUCUGCAGCUAACAAAGUUUUUCUGAUCAGAGAGCUGGUGAACACAAAAAUGAAAGAAGACACUUCAAUUACCGAGCAUAUCAACAAGUUGAAUUCGAUCUUAGCCAGACUUUUGUCAGUGGGCAUUAAGUUCGAUGAUGAAGUUCAAGCUUUACUACUGCUAUCGUCUUUACCUGAUAGUUGGUCCGGAACGGUUACAGCGGUUACCGGUUCAGUGGGACCUGAUGGAUUCACCUUUGAUCAGAUUCGAGAUCUCGUUCUUGGUGAGGAUGUCAGAAGAAAGAGUUCAGGGGAGUCAUCUGGUGAAUUGCUUCAUGUUGGUAGAGGCAGAAGAAAUAGCAGAGGUAGUGGGAGCGGGAACAGACGAAGGAGUCAGUCAAAGACUCGCGACAGCUCAGGUGUAACGUGCUGGAAGUGCAAGGAGGUAGGGCAUUUUAGGAAUCAAUGCCCGAAUGACAAGAAAGUGAACAUUGUUGAAGGUUCUGCGAGUGACGAGGAAGUCACUCUGAGUUGCUGUGAGGAAAGCAAUGUGGAUUCCUGGGUCAUGGAUUCUGGCGCUUCAUUUCAUGCUACCCACAGCAGUGAAGCAUUGCAGAAUCUGGUUAUUAGAGACUUUGGAAAGGUACGACUAGCAGACGAUAGAGCUCUUGAGGUGACGGGCAUGGGUGACAUGGUGUUAAAGACCCCAGUCGGUUUCUGGACUUUGAAGGAUGUCAGAGUUGUUCCAGGCUUGAAGAAAAGUUUGAUUUCUGUCAGGCAGUUGGACGAACAGGGACACGAGGAUGUCAGAGUUGUUCCAGGCUUGAAGAAAAGUUUGAUUUCUGUCAGGCAGUUGGACGAACAGGGACACGAGGUGAAGUUCAGGGAUGGGCAGUGGAAGGUCGUGAAGGGAAAUCUUGUCAUGGCCCGUGGAAAGAAGAGAGGUUCGCUGUACAGGGUCGAGUUACCAUCUGAGGGAGUGACCGUCCCAGUUCAGAAAAGAAACAAAGUCCGGUUCACAGAGUCUCGUGGGCAGAAUAAGGUUGUCUGUGCAAGAGAGAAACCUAGAGCCACUAGUCAGACUCAGGAUGAACGAGCGAGGAAAGGUUCAAGGGGGCUAGUCAGAGGUAUUUGUGGCAGUGGGAGCUCAAGAGGCGCUUCAGCCAAGUUGCCUAGAAGACAGUGGGUCAGGAGAACCAGUAUUCCAGCUGUUCGAACAUCUCCAGAAAAUUUCUUGCUGAGUACGGAGAUUGUUUGUUCUCAAGAUGUUCCAGGAUUCGGCAUUGUGCGUCUGCAGUGGGAGCCGGUAGGGACCGAGGACGAGUCAGGGGCUGAUUUAGCCGUGACUGAUGUGUUGGAGCUUGGGAGAGCUUCAACGAGCCUUUCAGUUGUCUGAUGAGAGGGCCGCUGCAACAGAAGAACUGAGGAAGAUUACUCGACGUACAGGCGAUCGUGGCGGAUGGCAGUUGAUGAUUAUCAAGCCUCCAAGUGGGAGAAUGUUGGGUUUGUGGAGGCUUGGGCUUGUCUUGUUGGCCCGGCCCAUGUGAUGUAACCCUAGGUUGUUUUCCUCCUAUAUAUUGAGCCUUGUACUUGUAAUUCCGGUAGACACCACAAGUGAAAUAAGAAAAUCCUCCUGUUGUA